CCAGGGGGCUGAAGAAGACAGCCUAAAAGCCUCUUGAAGCAAUCUGAUCUGAAUUCCAAAGGAGAGGGAAUUAGACACAAAGAAUAAUGAACUUCCAGGGGCUCAUGGUCUAGUCUUCAAAUACCAAGCUUCAUUAGACUUCCUGGUGGUUGUUUCUUGCCUGGUCAGAAUGUCCGAAUCUUUUAAAGAGAGCUCAGGGACUUGUGGGGACGCUGGGAAACCGAGGCUCCCGGUGACUGGCAGGAGCUGCUUAAACACCAUGGACAAAAAAUUGAACCUGCUAAAUGAGAAGGUAGAUAAACUUUUGAAUUUCCAAGAAGACGUGGCAGGAAAACUAGAGAACGUGUAUCGAGGCAUCGGCGACCUAGAACGGGGCAUCAGCAAGAUUGCAGCUGUUUCGAGGGCAGAUCUCCCCUGGGAAGGACCCGCUCAAGCCCACAUUCAGAUGGCAUGCCCUGAGAUGCUGGAGCUGGUGAGGGCUGUGCAGCGGGACACCUCCCGACACAGCACAAUGCUUGAAGGGCUGGUCAAGAUGGUUGCUGCAGUGGACAAAGCUGUGGCUUUGAUUGGAAUGCUUUUCCAGAAUUCUAAAGUGAUGGAUUUCAUAUUACAAGGGAGUAAUCCCUGGAGGAAAGGGAGCCUGACUGAUGUUGAGAGUCUUGAGGAGAACAAGGAGAAAGCUGAGGAGAAGGGGGCUAAACCAAAGCAGACCCUUAGCACUCGAGGAGUGCAAGCCGAGAUCAGGAGGCCUUCAGAAGAGAACCAAAAGGCAGAGUUGUCAGAGGGGAAGGACAAGAAGCUGCCCCCAGUGACCCCUAAAGAUCCUGGAGUUAACCCGGACCCUCUCAGAGGGGCAGGGGCCUCCACAAGGCAGGAAGAUGGAGCUUCCACCCCAGCCUCUUGCCAGAGAUCUCCUGAUUGUCCUUCAUCACCCAAAGACGCAGUACCCAAAGACCCAGAGAAAGCCAGUGACAUUGCCCUUGUGCAUCCAGAUUGGGCAGUGGUAUCACAAGGGAAGAAUGAUAUCUCCCAGACUCAAGUGGCACCUGAGGGAAUAGAACAAGGAGGAGAUAUGCCUGGCCGGCCUGCUUCUUGGCCUUCAGAGCAGGUGGCAGCUCCAGGUCCAGGAUCCAGCACCGAGGGAGCUUGGGGAGGAGGGAUGCUUCCAAGGUUGUCCAUCCAUGUGCAGGAGACAGAUACACCAGGGGAGAUGCUGGUGAGCCGGGCAGAAGGUUGUGGGCGUUCUUCAGAGAAGGCCCUUAGACCCAAACCCUCAGCAUCAUUGUCCUCUGAAGGGGAAGGAAGCCCAUAUGGACAGGAUAUAUGGGUGCCCAUAGGCUCUUUCCAGCCCUCCGGAACUGAUCCCACUGAGAUCAGCCUUGAAGGGAAGUUUCUGGAGGCAGGACAGAGUGAGCACGACCCACAAGGCAAGGAGAGGGAAGCCUUCCUUCUUGGGACUAAUGACCAGAAAGCAGAGGAUAAAUCUGAGUCAGAAGGUGAGCUGGCGAUGGGACUCAGCACCAUCCAGAAGGAGAGGAGAGAGGCGGCUGGAAGCUCAGCUGAACAGGAGAGAAACCCAGGAAAUGGAAGCCAGCAGCCUGAAAAUGCAGCAACAUUGGCAGAGGGAGAAACCGAGGCUGCAGGAAUGAGUGUGCCCCGUGAGAGAGCAGGUGGUCUGGUGUUGGAUGACAGCCCGCCCCCCGCAGCCCCCUUUGAGCACCGGAUAGUGAGUGUCAAGGAAGUCCCCAUCACCACAGGCUACACCGUGUGCCAGCAUGAAGUCUUGGGAGGGGGAAGAUUUGGUCAAGUUCACAAGUGCACUGAGAAGUCCACUGGUCUCUCUCUGGCAGCCAAGAUCAUUAAAGUAAAGAGUGCCAAGGACCGGGAGGAAGUGAAGAAUGAAAUCAACAUCAUGAACCAGCUCAGCCAUGUCAAUCUGAUUCAGCUCUAUGAUGCCUUUGAGAGCAAAAACAGUUUCACUUUGGUCAUGGAAUACGUGGAUGGUGGUGAGCUAUUUGACCGGAUCACAGAUGAAAAGUACCACCUGACAGAGCUGGAUGCUGUCCUAUUCACCAAACAGAUCUGUGAGGGCCUCCACUACCUGCACCAGCAUUACAUUCUACACCUGGACCUGAAGCCGGAGAACAUACUAUGUGUAAGUCAGAUGGGAAACCAAAUUAAAAUCAUCGACUUUGGGCUGGCCAGAAGGUACAAGCCCCGGGAGAAGCUGAAAGUGAACUUUGGCACCCCAGAAUUCCUGGCCCCUGAAGUGGUGAACUAUGAUUUUGUCUCCUUUCCCACUGACAUGUGGAGUGUGGGUGUUAUCACGUACAUGCUGCUCAGUGGCUUGUCUCCAUUUCUGGGGGAAACAGAUGCAGAGACGAUGAAUUACAUCGUGAACUGUAACUGGGAUUUUGAUGCUGAUGCCUUUGAAGGGCUGUCAGAAGAGGCCAAAGAUUUCAUUUCUAGGCUCCUGGUUAAAGAGAAGAGCUGUAGAAUGAGUGCUGCACAGUGUCUGAAACACGAGUGGGUGACUAAUCUGCCGACCAAAGCCACAAAGUCUAAAGUUCGGCUCAAGUCCCAGAUACUGCUACGGAAAUACAUGGCACAGAGAAAAUGGAAAAAACACUUCUAUGCAGUGACUGCUGCCAACAGGCUUAGGAAGUUUCCAAGCUGUCCCCAAGCCUCAUCUAUGCUGCUUUGAAAGUUCUGCAAUACUCAGAGCUAGAGAUGAAGUUAAGACAGAGAACUCUUUGUCCAGUGAUCUGGCCCUUUGCUAUUAUUGUAUUUGAUUUCCUGUUUUUAAAUCGUAUAAUGUUAAGACUGUGGCCUGUCUUAAAUGUGGAUGUGAACUUGCUAUGUAAGAACUGCCUUAAAAACUUUACCAGGUGAUGACAGUAGGCAUGCUUUAAAAUAAAAUGGGUUGGGGAGAUCCGAUCCUAUUUUAGGAGUGUGAUUAAUUUCAAUUUUUAACUUGUUCUGAGUAACAAUUAUAGUAGCAUGUGCAUGGGGUAAGCCAUUCAGUAUUAUUUUCUACCGUAUAAAGUGGAGAUUUCUUAAUGUUUUUGGUUGUGUAGGUGGUACUGUAGUAUGAAGUUUCAGAAUGGGGGGGGUAUUCUUAACCUUUUUUUAGGUCAAGGUCCCCUUUGGGAAUUGGUGAAGGCUAGAGACCCCUUCUCAGAAUGCUUUUAAAUGCAUUAAAUAAAGCUUACAGAGAAUUCUACUGAAAGUUAGCAAAACAUUCUUUUAAAGUUUCUAGACCUCAGCUUAGGAUAGCAACACUGGUUUAGAAACCAUGAGAGCUGGUACCAAAAAUCAAGGGAUAGAUGAGAAGUGUUUUACAUAGUAUUUUCCCAAAGGAAUGAGGCUGAUUGCUGCUUGAUUUUUAAACCAAAGUAUAGGGUAAGUAAUGUCAAAAUAGUAGGGGAAAGUUCGUAUAUAGUUCUUUAUGUGCUUAAAAUCUGAAAUGUAAAAUGCAGAGUGUAUACACAUAUAUAUGCAGAGAGAGUGAGAGAAAGAAAUAAGAAAUAUGAACAGUAAGUGACCCAAAGGGCUUUUAACUCAAUUUUUGCCUUACCAUGCUAAAUCUGAGCUCAGCAAUCAGUUUGGAUAACUACAUGUAGCUUAAGACCUCUUUCCCAAAAUCUGAACUCUAAAACUUUGGGUAUUUAAAAGCUGUCACUAAACCAAGAUUCCAUGUAGGGGCUGCUUAUGCUAUACACAGAGGUAGAAGUAAUAGGAUAGAAGAUUUUGGCUCAGCAUAAAGGAAUGACUUUUCAAGAAUGGAAUGGGUUGCUUUGCAAAUAUAGUCAAACCUUGAGCCAAGAGGACCUGGACCUAUCUCUAGCAUAAUGGCUUAACUCUGGGCAAAUAAUUCAACCUUUGUGCUCUAGGCUACUCUCUAAAACUCAAGUUUCAGAAGGUGCCAACACACAUUGGUAGAGUUUCCUUACCGGGGAGUUCCCUACACCAAUGAAAUCACCAGUCCAGGCCCUAUUCAUUGAGCCUGUAAUCUCCUUUUAUUUUUCUAACUCUAAGCUUUAAAUCAGUUCUCAUUUAGCAACCUGAUUAGCAGUUUUCUAUUUUGAAUAGGAAUUUUUCAGAGGAAUAGUAAUGUCUAAAAUGAGGAAUGUAAAUUGAUGGCAUAAAACAAAUAUAACCCCCAUUUAUAAAAGAGAAGACUCAUGCAUUUCUUCUGUAACUUUAUUCUAAACAAAAAAAAAGUUAAUGUCUUUUUAAAAGGUGACUCAUUAAAGAAAAAAAGGCCAGAAAUAAAAGUACUUGAGUAUAAAUAAUGAACAUUAAUAGAAUAAAUGUCAAGUCUUUGUUCCUUAUUGCUGAUUUUUAUUCCUAUUCUCAAUCCCAUUAGUUGUUUCCCUUUCAAGUUCGAAUAGGAAAGCAAGUAUUUUAUUGCAUGCAGAUGUUGGUGCUUUUGAUUGCUGAGUGAUUUUCCUUCCAAAAGGCAGGGAAUUGCUUUUCUUGGCUUGAGCAUAAGCAAUAAUAUUUUUAGGAAACUAAUUUUGUAAACUUCACUUGUAGGUUACAAGGCUAAUCAUGUAGUCAACUGGAGAGUUGAUAUUUUUAUCUUAUAAUCUUUAACUAUGUCCUGCUCAACUGUUCUCAAUGAGUUUUAAAAAAAAAUUUCUAAAAUUAUUUAAAAGUGCUUUUAGUCAUUCCAGGUUCUACAUAGGCUGUGUAUUUUGCAAAACUGGAGUAUACCCAAGGAGUAGUAUGGCAUAAAAAUGCUGGGAAUUGGAUGUAGAAAGAACUGGGUUCAAAUCCUGGCUCUGUGGUAUACUUGCAUUUGUGACUGUGGGCAAGUCCCUUAACCUUUUGAUGCCCCAACACCUGAGAGUUACAGAUGUGCUCAUCUAUUUUAUUGGCUGGGAGUUUCUACAUCCAGAGUACAUAUAUCAAUGAAAUCAUAGGUUUAGACCAAAUAAACAAAACACAUACCUACCCUAAGCAUCUAGUAA